AUGGCGCCGCCGAAGCUCUCCAAGAGUCACUCGUCACUCAAAGAUGGCAAGUUGUCGAUCAGAAAUCGGCUCUUUGGCAGAAAGGGAUCUGAGGAUCAUUAUCAUUACGAAGAAGUUGAAAAUGAAGGAGGAGAUGAGGCUGAGGAGGAGCAUCAUCAUGAAGCAUUUGAGCGACCGGAGCGGUUAUCGUCGCUAAACGCAACCAGCCAAUUUCCGCAUGGCCUUGCCGGUCUUGCCGCCCCUCCCCCUGGUGUCUUCUCCCCAGCCUCGUACGUUAACCCGCUAGUGCACAAGAUGGCGCCUCGUGUCGAGGUCCCGCCGUCACGUCCAACAGCAAAACACAUCCCCCUCCCCGUACCUGGCGAGCAUCGUCACCCACAACCACAUCGACCAUCUCAAUCUCAAUUGCAAUCUGCCCAACCUCACACUGAGGGAUCCCCAUCUCAAUCUCAAUCUGCAUCUGCAUCUGCAUCUGCACACCCCCACGCCGAAAGCCGCCUUCUGACUGAUAAGCCUCUCCCCGACCCGCCUGCGAAAGACAACGGACCUGUCUUUCCACCUCCGCAGACCCGUCGACAGCUCCGCAAGCUCGAGAGAGAAAUGCAAGUCCGUCGUAAUAAGCGGCAACGACCACGCAACCUCGUCAUGGCCACUACCAGCGAUGAUACAGGUUCGCGCUCUUCAGUCUCUUCCGUUGAUCCACCCGCCUCUCUUCCAUCCAUGACACAAUCUCCCGAAGGUCAACAUGAGCAGCCGGCCGAGCAAGAGGUCUUGGCGACGAGCACCGUACUGGAGCCUUUCCCAGGCGGAACUCCAAUCAGAACCCCCAUGCAAGAAUACGAAGAGCAUGGCCAUCUCUGGGACGUUCCAGCUGAUUUGAGAGACCGCAUACUCGCUGGUGAAUACGACAACCCUGACCAUGUAUCACCUGACCGACAAGCAUCGCCAGACAAUGACUAUGAUAGUAUGUACGAUGUAUCUGAUGAUGGCAGAGGCGAUCGCGCAAGUAUUGACACUAUCGGUCCACAAACAUUUCAUCUGGCCGUUGAGCGCGCCGAUGAUAUUCCCGAUACUGGUCUUACUUAUGCCUAUGAGCACGGCGAUGGUAACCCGGAUGCUGGUGCUACUUCUGCCUUUGAGCACGACGAGGAUAUCCCGGAUCCUGGUAUUGCUUACGACUAUGAACACGACGAUGAUAUUCCGGAUGAUGACGCUGCUUCUGCCUAUGAGCAGGUCGAUGAUAUCCCAGAUGCUGGUGUUGCUUCUGAUGAGCAGGUCGAUGACAUCUCUAAUGUCGGCGCUCUUUAUGAUUUCGAGAGUUACCAGCUGCCAGGCGAUCGUCAGGAGGCCAUUUCUAAGAUUGCCCACGAUUCAGCCAAGUCUGAAGGUUUUGUUGGACGUUGGGAGAUUUAUCUUUCCAGUUACUCAUCAGUUAGUCUUUACUUUUUCUUUCAGCUAUUGCUCAGAUCUACUUCUCAUCAUCUCUACCUUUCCCAUUCCCCGGUUUGUCCCUGAAUUGACCUAAUUCUAACCUCUCUAUGUAGGGACAUUAUGUGGUUUCCAACCCACCGCAACCACCCCCAAGAAACGAUGCUCUCCUAUUUCUUCCUGCCGUGAAGGCACUUAAUGAUCGUGAACGCCUCAUGAACAAUGAAAUGUUCCAGCCUUUGUGGGAGCGUUGGGAGAUCUUUAAACCCAAAUUCGCGUUGUUGGUGUUGCGAGCUCUCGAGAGAUUUGAUAUCCCAGGCGUCGCUGUUAGUCUAUUCGAUGAGGACACCGAGUUUUUUGCGGUCGAAAGAGGGAUGGGUAUCAACGGCAAGCUUCCUCGAUCAGUCAGCAUGGCUGCACAUGUACUGUAUAGUAUCGAUCCGGUCGUGAUUCUAGAUACCCACAAGGUUCGUAAUCCCUUUACGCCUUUUGUUUAACAAUACUAAUUGUCAUAGGAUUGGCGUUUUGCUGGAAAUCCACUUGUCACUGGCCCAACCGACAUUAGGUUCUUCGCUGCUACCCCUUUGCUCGCUCAUAAUACACAAACUGUUGCUGUUCUAUCUAUUUUCGAUAGUCAGCCUCGGGAAACCUUCACUCCUAGAGAACGUCAAGAGCUCCAGACCUUUGCGAAUCGUCUCUUGACCAACCUUUCUCAACAAGUCCUCUUUAUGACUUCCCAGGUCACGAGACAUAUUACUCGCAGACAGGUUGACACAUCCUUCUUAGACCAGCUAGCGUCGAGACCAGCUUCACCAGAAUCUGACGGCAGCCGUGGAGCAGCAGGUGGUCUAUAUCCACCACUACGUAUUCCUAGCAAGGGAAAGUCCAAGUUUCCUCCCCUUCCCGCAAACCCCGGAGAUGGUUCCGCAUAUAAUGCACAUCAAUUCCCUCCAUUGCCCCCAAUUCCAAGAACUCGUCCUCAAACUGGUGGAUCUGUCGCUGCUCAGAAUAUCUAUGGUUCUCGUCAAUCUGCCGAUCCCAACUUGGUUAUCAACCCUCAACAGCAGGAUGUUGUCACUUUAGAUUCAGGCAACUAUCAACCUUCUAAUCGUCCAUGGACAUCUGUUUUCUCGGCCACUGGCAAUGCACCACCAAAUACAUCUAGUGCCGAUGUACACGGAGAUAAUACGUCGAGAUCUGAAGAGUUCACCGUCGAAGAGUUCAUGACUCUUACUGACGAAGAUGUGCAAGAACCGAAUGUACAGGAUGAUCCACAAGAGGAUUUGCAAGAAGACGUGGGAUUCGUCUCUGCUGAAUUUGAGGCAAGCUCGAACUUCAGAGUGCCAAAUGUCCAAAAUUACGGCAACAGAGGCGCAUCGUAUCGAUCUAGCCCGGAGUUUGGAUCGGUCAAUGAAAACGAGACCUCUCUCACCCCUUUCCCAGCCCUCGACGAUGCAGCAGUCCCGGCAGAGGAGGCAGAACAAGCUAAGGAGAUGGCUGCCCCACGCCGAUCCUCCUCCAAGGAAAGUGUCUCAAGCUAUAAUAGCAUUCCUCUCUUGCAGCGCGGCAGCACCUUGUUCAAAAAGGGCAAAAAUAAGAUGGUAGAGGAGGAAGACGACGAGGAGUUUGACCCAUUCCGAAACAGCGAGUCAUACGAUCUCAUUCCACCAGACAGAGAGAUGAACGAGGCAGACCAGCUCUGCUGGGAGACUCUUUCCAAAAUGAGAUACGAUAUCCUCUACGUUGUCGAGAUCAUUCCUCCGCGCUAUUACCAGCCGGAGAAUGAGUACGUCAAGCUAUCGGAGGCGAAGCUUCGAGUGCUAGGCUCAAGCUCUCGCACUCCAUUGGAGUUGGUCGACGAGACCGACGCGAAGGUGCACCUGGAGGCCCUUCGCACCAGAGGGUGCUUUGGUGUGCCCACCACCACUCUCAUGUCCACCUCCCUCAAGCACUUCCAAUACGGGGUGAUGGCGGGCAUCCAGACCGAGCCCGGUCCGUUACGUUUGAAAACGGCCGGCAUCGUUGUUGCCGCUCUUCGCGAGCGCAACACGAUGUACGCUCGGGAUGAGGAGGAGACGUUCAUGAACGUCUCGGAGAGCUUCAAGGCCCUCCUCAUCAAGAAGGUUGCCCUGCCCCCCUCUCGUAUCCCUCGCAUCUCCUCGACCUCUGGUCGUUGAGUUUGCUGUUUCUGUUCUUUGGCGUCCUCUCCCCAUUUCCCCCUCCUUUCCCCCCCUCCUACCUCUACCUCUACCUCUUUUUGUACCAAGGUCCCCUUCCGCUCCGCCCCGCUCCGUUCUUUUCUUUUUCUUUUUCUUUUUCUUUUUCUUUUUCCUUUUCUUUCUUCUUUUCUUUUUUUGUUGGAUUAUUGUAGUGCGAUAGAUACCCAGACCAGGAAGAUGAAAUGAAAGUUGUUUUUAUUUAAUAU